AUAAACUCAUAAAAUCAUGGUAUUUUCUCUCCACACCAUCUAAAAUGGCUGCUGCUGUAGGUCGGAUAUAUGGCUCUAGACUUUUAAAAAAUAAUCCGGUUUCGAAGCACCUACAGAUAGGCAGCUUUUCUACUACUAAAUCAUGGUCAAGAGGAAAGAAAGCUUUGUAUACUUCACUUGGUAUUUUAACGGGAGGAACAGGCAUGUUGAUAUAUGCUCUUGAAAAAAGUCUUCAAGCUGGAGAUCUUGAACUCCAUCCUCCCAAACUUCCUUGGAGCCACAGUGGGUAUUUUCAAUCACUGGAUCAUGCAAGCAUUCGACGAGGUUAUGAAGUUUACAAAAAUGUGUGUGCAGCCUGCCACAGUUUAAGAUUUGUUUGCUAUCGAGAUCUUGUAGGUGUUUCACAUACUGAAGCUGAGGCUAAAGCGGAAGCCGAAGAACAACUCGUUUUGGAUGGACCAAAUGAAGUUGGUGAAAUGUUUAAAAGGCCUGGAAAACUUUCUGAUCAUAUGCCUAGUCCUUAUCCAAAUGAAGAGGCUGCAAGAGCAGCUAAUAAUGGAGCAUAUCCUCCUGAUCUUUCAUACAUAGUUCCUGGACGUCAUGGUGAAGAAGAUUAUAUAUUCCACUUACUGACUGGAUACUGUGAUGCUCCUGAAGGUUUGAUUUUAAGGGAAGGCCAAUAUUUUAACCCUUAUUUUCCUGGAGGAGCCAUAAGUAUGGCACAAGCAUUAUAUAAUGAGAUUAUUGAAUACUCUGAUGGAACUCCAGCCACUCAAAGUCAAUUAGCUAAGGAUGUUGCAACUUUCCUUAAAUGGACUUCAGAGCCUGAGCAUGAUGUACGAAAACAAAUGGCCUUAAAGGUAAUUUUUAUCUUUUCACUCUUCAUCGCUGCUGCAGUUUACUGGAAAAGACAUAAGUGGAGCACUCUCAAGAGCCGAAAAAUUGUCUUUAGACCACCACCAUCUCCACCAAAAUUGUGAACAUAGAUACCAUGUAGGAAAUUUUAUUUAUAACAAUUUUUUAUGUUGCUGAGUGGCCCGUGAAAGUAGUUAACUUUUAUUCUCAUUCUCGUUCGUCUACUCAAAAUUAGAUCGAUUAGAGAACAAGAUUGUUUAUACAUUGUGUAAAUAAACUGUUUAUUUAAAUAUCCCAUCACGUAUUUAUGACCUACCUUGCUGCAUUUAGCUCCAAUUAUACUGCCAGUGUUUGUCUAAAAUAUGAUAUUAAUUUUUACAUGCUAAUAAAUGUCGGGCAUAGGAAGGCAAUUCAUGUAAUUAUUGUAUAUUAAUUGACACCUACAAAAAACUGUAUAUUUUAGUUUUAUGAUUAAUUUAAAAAAGAAAAAAGAUUUGUUAUGUAAAUAUGUCCUUGUUAAUUAUUGUAAUAAACACUAAAAUGAUGUAUAAACUGAUAUUGUAUUUUAAAUAAACACAUAUCUUCACUG